GUCUGUAACUUCAACUUUUAAUUUUGUCAUUUCUUUACCAAAUUAUAUUUUCUUCAAAUGAUUUUGAUUUAGUUUUAAUUAUAUUUUAAAUCAAUGUCAAGUAAUUCUUAAAAUGGUUCCAUUUUUUACAAGUUCAACAAUUUCCAUUUCCCUAUCUUUGAGCAUUCUAUAAUUUUGUUUAUUUUGUCUGUAGUGACAAGUUUUCAAAACAUCCAAGUCAUCUGUUGACGUUCACUUGUAAAAGCAUUUAUUUUUAAUGUUUACAAAUAAUUAAUUAAACAUCAAACAUGGAUCUAUUCACCAAAGUUACUACCAUUUUAGUGGCCUUGAUUGCUAUUGUGUACGCCAUUUUCUCUCAUUAUCCUGUGCCUCCAGUAUCGCCGAUAAUGUAUCAAUGGAAAACAUGGGGAUCAUUUCUAACUCAUAAGAAAUUUAAUAUUUUUUAUAUUGACAAACAGAUCAACAAUGGAACUAAGACCUUAGUAUGUCUUCAUGGUUUUCCAACCUCAAGUUUUGAUUAUUUCAAAGCAUAUCCAUAUCUAAUUAAAAGUUUCGAUAGAAUCAUCUUCAUUGACUUUCUAGGAAUGGGUUACAGUGAUAAACCGACUGGACAUUCCUACUCAAUCAUGGAACAAGCAGAUAUUGUACAAGCUGUUCUUAACCAUAUCAAAGUGGAUGCAUUUCAUCUCUUAGCUCAUGACUAUGGUGAUACCGUAACUCAAGAAUUACUUGCUCGUAUAAAAGAGGAUGGUUUACAGCUUCCUAUUAAAAGUGUUUCACUGAUGAAUGGGGGAAUUUUUCCAGCCAUCCAUUCUCCUCUGUUAAUACAAAGACUGCUUCAUCUCCCUGUGAUAGGGUUUUUUCUUGGCAAGCUGAAUAACAAGUACACUUUCGCUAUCAACUUGAACAGAGUCUUUGGAAGUGGAACUAGCCCAACAAUGGCCGAAUUUUAUGAUUUCUGGGCGAUCGUUAGACAAAAUCACGGAUAUCGAGUAUUCGGUGAAAUACUGUCUUAUCUCGAUGAAAGAUAUGAACACGAAGAUCGAUGGGUGUCUGCAACAAAAAACACCAAAAUCCCUUUGCAGUUUAUUUAUGGUCCAGCUGAUCCAGUUAAUCCAGCACCAUUCGAAGAAAUGUAUCAUAAACUUAUUCCAAAUCAAUAUUUUGACAAAUUAGAUGAUAAUAUUGGACAUUAUCCUCAUUUUGAAGCGCCCGAAGAGGUUGUCAAAAGACUAAAUCAAUUUUUAAAGAAAAAAGGUUUUUAAUUUUUCAGAGCUUUCAUCUUACAGAUUUGUGAAUCAUGUAUUCAAUCGAUUCUUUUUGUGAAUUCACAUAUUUUGAUUAACAAUGGUGAAAAAUGAAUAUCAAAUAAAUGUGUGACUUUAAACAUAACGUUUUAAUAAACAUUGUUGAAGACCAUAUGAAUAUGAAA